UCUAAGAUGGCCGGCGAAAGAGAAAGCGUGGAUUCGUCUCAUGAAAAAAAAAUUGAUGAACAGACAAGUUCAGAGCAGCCAGUAGCACAGUCGUUUACGGUUGAAGUUCUGCAGAUUAUCAAGGAAGCACAGCAGCAGCAUGGUCUGCGUCAUGGUGACUACCAGAGAUACCGAGGCUACUGUUCUCGGAGAAUCCGACGUAUUCGGAAGUCUUUACAUUUUCCGCAGGGAAGUAAAUAUAAAGUGCUGCCCAAAAAGAUAAAACCAGAAAUGUUAACAGAUGUCAGGUAUCUGCACCUGCCACUGUUCUGUGCGGAGCGCACCUGGGCGUAUGCAAUGGAGCUCAAGUCUGAAGCGAACACAGAGUUGCGGAAAAAGUACCACAUGUUGUCGCGGAUGAAGAAGGCCGUUGAGUACUCGGAGGAGUUGGCCGUUCUCUGUGAAAGUCCUCACUGUGAUGCCAAGACCAAACUAGAGAGCCAGGCAUACAAUGCAUGGAUGAAAGGAAACCUCAAUUUUAUGCUAGAGAAAUGGGAACCAGCAAUAGAACUCUACAGCAGUGCCAAAACGGUGUAUGAAAAGCUUGCUAGUGCGUUUACGGAGGAUCUACAGGCGAUGUACGUGCAGAAAGUGGAGGAGAUUUCUCCCAACAUCCGAUACUGUGCCUACAACAUCGGAGAUGAGUCGGCACUGCGUGAUCUUCAGAACAUGAGGCUCAAGUCAGGCGAAGACCAGCUCACUUCUAAACUGGACGAACUACUUUCUCAGACCCGUGAGAAGCAAGCGUCAACUUUGUCCGAGAUCAGUUGGCGAGGGCGGAUGAUGCCGAUCAAGGUGGAGGCUGUGCGAGUAUUUCUCCUCAACCUGCAGGAGAGUUCCAAGGAGCUGGAGUCUACAGAGGACAGUGAGGCGAAGGUGUCGAUAUACGAGUCGCUGCUGAAACAGUGCAUCGACGCUCAGCAGGCAUUGCGCGACACGCUUCAAGAAGACCCCAAUUUUAAAGCAGCUCUUCGUGGACAGCCAGUGGAAGGGAAGAUUUCGAACCAGCACUACCUGCACUCCUACCUGACGUACCUGCGGCUCACCAAGACGAUAGAGAGAAACCUACUGCUGAUAGAUAACCUUAAAAAGUACCUGCCAGGCAAGAAGGUGCCGGAGGGCCACAAGAUCACCAAACCACAGGACCUGGUUCGCUUGUACGAUAUUAUUAUACAGAAUUUGAAUGAUAUUCCAAGUCUACAUGGUCUGGAAGAAGAUCCCACUCUAACAGAUGAAGUUACAACUAGAGUUCUAGGAUUUAAAGCAUUUAGGUCUUUUUACAUAGCUCAAUCUUAUGCAACAGCAAAGAAGUGGACGGAGGCAAUUGGUUUAUACCAGCGAGUGCUGGACAAUGCUCAGCAGGCUAUUAAAGGAUACAAAAGUUUAAAAGGCCAGGGUACAGCCAUUAAGAAUGAACUGUCAAACCUUGAGAGUCUGAUCCAGGAGGUGAAUGGUUCCAUGUAUUCGUGUCACGCGUUCAGCAUCCUCAAGUCUGAUGACAAUGUCGACCAGAUCGGUGCAACCGCCACCAAUGAUAAGAAGCCUCUAUCCGAGCGAUUGGACCAAUAUGUGGAAGACAAAUCUCUGACCAGCAAGAAACCCAACUUGAUACCUUUCCCACCCGAUUUCCAGCCCAUACCUUGUCGACCACUGUAUUUUGACUUGGCUCUCAAUCACUUAGACUUCCCGGUUCUCGACGACAAGAUCGAACAGAAGAAAGCCGGAGGUGGACUUACUGGCUUUGUUAAAGGAUGGCUGUCGUGGGGUGGGAAGAAUUAAUCAAAAGGAUGUCACUGAUCAAAGCUGGCUCCCUAACAGGAGCUGUGAAAUAAUUAAUUACUUUGUUGGAGGCUGGGAUACGAACAGAUGUUUCUGAUGAUGAUGGGUGUGUGAUUUUUGUCUCCACUUAGAACUGUGAGACUAAGGGAGGCAAUUACAUCCUUUCAGGUUAAGUUAUAGCUAAAAGGAUUUUGGGAGAAACCACAGUAAAUUGACAUAGAAAGGGUCAUGUUUUACACACACAAAAAUUAAUACACACUCGUACAUGCACCUACGUACACACACACUCCUUCAGGUUUUUCUGUAUAAGGAAGGAAAUAUUUUAUUUAACGAUGCACUCGACACCUUUUAUUUACAGUUAUAUGGCGUCAGACAUAUGGUUACGGACCACACAGAUAUUG